UGUGCCCAUAAUAGCAAGGAAUGUUCUUUCUCUGAAAUUAUUUGACGAUAAUUGAUCUACUAGUCAAAACAAAAAAAGCAACAAAGUGAAAGGGACUAACACUAAUAAGUAAUUACGUGCAAUGAAGCCAAAGCUAAGACUAAAAGCAUGAUAAAAUCCGGUCUUUUUUCAUUUUAUUGCAUCCAAUCAGAGGUCAAUGCCAUUUACUUUUGCAAACAUUUUUGUUUUGCUAAUAACUAGUGCGGAGCGCAUCCGUCAUAGAAAACUACAUUUCCCAUAGUGCAACACUGCGUAAAGGGGCGUGGCUUGUACGGCGCGCAAUGUCAGGAAAACAGUUUGAAAAGAAAAAUGGCGGAAGAAACAUCGUCCACAGACUACACAGACCGAGACGGUUGCGGUUCUGUCGCCGGUGUGGAAGCCAAGAACGACGUCAAGCUGUCACCCAAACGGUGUUCGUCGCCCAGUGCUCCAGAUGGCGCCCCUCCACAGAAAUCACCCCGGGUUGAAACACGGUUACUCGACACACAGACGACCCAUGGCGGAGAGCAUUUGGACACAGAUAGGCUGGAAAAGGCGUCUGGAAGCAAGAAAGAACCCGAAUCUUGUCCGCCUGCAAACGCCACUGCUCGGAGAAAAUCGUGGAGGAGAGCCACCUUGUCAAGGCGCUCCUUGUCCGCACUUGCCAACCCGUAUCAAAAUUUGUGCAAGAGCAUCAGCACAUCCUUAUCACAACAAGAGAGGUUGAGUAUGUUGAUGGAAUCUGCGAUGAAGCUGGCCACAGAUAAACUUGAGAAUUCGCUCCAGUCGGUGCCAAAUUCCUCACAGGAGUCUUUUCAGAAACAAGUGAAGAGCUUGAAGAAAAAGUGCAAAGCUGUGGCCAAAAGCAUAAGCAACGAACAACAGACUGAAAGGGUUGGUGAGUUUGGAGUGCGGACUGCUCUGAUGAUGGAAAAUACUAUUAACAGGAUUCAAGCUGAAAGCCAAUCAUGGGACGCACUCGCACACAAACACCAGAGUAAAGCAGAAGAAUUAGAAAGCAAACUGGCUCUGGGUCAAAAGAAAGCCAUCUCAUCAGACCACACAUGUAUGGUCCAGUCUUCACAGUACCAGUUGAUUCGGAGUAAACCUGACUACCAUGACCUCCUCAACAGACAACAGUCCACGCUGCGCACGAUGGCAACUCUUGUCAUGGAUGCUCAGUGUAAGCUCACACGAGAGCUUCAGUCCGUCAAGGAGCUGUCACAAGCGGUGGUGAAAGAGACCAGCGGCCGAUUGGCGGCCCAAGCAGGAUUUCAGGAUCAGUCUCCCAACGUCAUUCAGGACAUAAUCAGUGCACCUUUUACGUCCACAAGCACACAGUCACAUUAAAUAGACUGGUGGAGUUGUAUAUAAUGGAAAACAAAUAUCUGUUUUCGUACCGCAUGUUUUAUUUUACUGUACAACAUUAAAAUUCUACACUUGUUCAUAUUAAGAGUCUUGUCGGUCGUUGAUGUAAUUCACACAUGCGUCCAGCAGGUGGCAGCGCCUGUCCUGCAAACAUUUUUUUAAAGCAGGAUGUCUCUUAAAUCGUUACAAAUACAAAUGCUUUUCCUUAAAAAAACAAAAGAAACCUAAAAAAUGUGAGUGUCCUGAAAACAGAAGACACUUGUAGGUUAAAACAAAAAACUGCACAUUUUUAGGGUUUUAUGAUCCGCAAAUAUUCAGGUAUGAUUAUUCAAAACACGAAUUACUUUUGUGUUGAUGAUUGAAUUUUGAGAGAUUUUUUUUUUUGGUAACUAUUCCCACAUGUAAGGGUCAAAAGUAAGCAUCCAGUACAUGGGGUACAUUUAGAAUGAAUAUAUCAUGUAUAUUCGGAAAGACGGCUUUUCCUCGGGCCCGUUGACUCUUUUUCUUUCGCAGCUGCAUCUAUUUCACUUCAUCAGUGUCUCCUGACCAUUGAAGAGAAAGCCCCUCCCCCCGCAGUGACUCAAUCUCUUGCAUUUGGCUGGGUCACUGAUGCAGAACGAAGCUUUGACAUUGUACCAGUCAGUCAAAAGCUUUGUUUGCUAUCACUCCCCAUCUCCUGGAACCAUUCACUAAUUAAUGUCCCUGCGCAAUUUGAAGGGUGCAGCGUAAAGAAUUGCAAAAGGGGGGGGCGUCUUAUUUCUUUCCUGUCGUGUGGCGUGCCGCGGUUAUGAUCUUGACUAGAGCGAGGGUGACAUUUUCAGCGGGAUGGUGUUCGAGGGGCUGACAGGAGAAGAGGGACAGGCGAGGAGGAAAAGACGAGCAGGGUUGUGACCGUGAGAGUUGUGAGCGAGGGAGGAUGGCGCGCAGCAGGAGAAAUCGAUUCUUAUUUAGAUGAAAAUGAGGCUUGAUGCUGGUGGGGUGCGAGGAGGGCACCUUAAGCAUCCAAAUGAAUAGGAACUUUCGCAGAAAUGAUCCCCACGUGAAUUGACGACAAUAAAAAAAGUGCAAGGUCCACAAAGACGCUGUCUCUUCGCUUCGCAAAGGAAGCUUUUCUCCCGGCAGUCAAAUGCAAUUACUUUGGCAUUAGAUGGUAAUCCUUGGAUCUUUUCACUCAAAAGUGUGAGGAACAAAACGCCCGAGACAAACCUCAAUGGCCCUUUUUGGAGUGAAGUGUUUGGUUUCUAACGUUUGGAUAAAGGGUGAGACGUGGCUCACCUUCACACUCCUUGUUUGUAGACUCACAAAAUGGAUGAAAGGAAGCUUUGUUAUGAUGAAAUGGAGAGUUUAUUAUUGCAGUAUUGUGGACGUUACAAAUAGGAAAGUGUUUUUCCCAUACGAAAAAAUUGAAGUCUCAGAAAUUGCCAUUGUAAUGUAUUUUAUAAGUCUACACACCCCUGUUCGAUAGCUAUUUAUUGUAAUAUAAAAUUAAGAGCAAAGUUAAAGAUUCAAAAGCAUUUUCCUCAAUGUUAAUGUGACCUUUGACCUGUGCAACUCAAUCGGAAAGAAAAUUAAAAGCUAUUAGAUGUGAAAUGUAACAGGGUGUGUACACUUUUGCAAUCACAUCACGGUCGAUUUUUGCUGCCCCACAUUUUGUUCUACAGGUUUAUAGGUCACGUUGAUGGCGAAGAUUUCGAAAUGAUUUAUAUCAGCCUCAUUUUCCCCCGCAUAUCAAAAAGCUGUUAUUUGAACAGGGGUGUGUAGACUUUUGUUCAUUAAACAUAACCUGUGAAUCAGGAGCUUUAACAUGAUUACUGCUGUUAGCGUUUAGCCUAUUGCUUACUCACUUGCUGUCUCCAAUUUGAGAUUGAUUAGUCCCAGAUUGCCGUGGACUGAUGUGUGGAGAGUCAGCAUAAAGCGGCGCCGGUUUGGUCGCUACUACCUUAUGCACACCCAUCAUCUCCUCAUAGUACGUCUGGGCCCGCCGCAUCGGCCUUUCCUACACACGCAUCCAAACAGCCAUUCGUCUUGGAAGGCUGUCUCUCCGAUCUGAGUGAUAAACUGCAGCAGAAUUGCCCCGUUUGCAAAAAAUAAAAGACACAAGGACACUAGUUUUUCAAUUUGUGCUGUCAUCAUUUUUAGACUGGAAACUGAUGCCAUGUUUCAUUGGCUUGCUUUCUUCGGUUGUGCUUCUGGGAGGUAUUGUCUUUUCGUCUGAUGUAAAUUUGACCACUUUGGCAUUAUCAGAUGGGCUGUUUUGUCUCCUCGCAGCUCACUGAGCAGAAACAGAUUACAGAGGUUUUAUAUUGAUGCGCCUAAUUAGUACCCUUCUCGAUUGUCAUCAACGCAUUUUUGAAAGCGUUACAUGCCAUUUUAGUUCUCUUUAAGGCCGCCUCUGCCCGACUGGCACUUAGUAUAUCGCUGAAUAGUAAAACUAAAAGUAAAACUUCUCACCCUUUGACGCCGCCUCGGGGAGAGUAAUGGACACUUGGCAAGCUGUCAUUGUCAUGCAAGUCAACUGCCAUUAUGCUUUCACUUACAUGUUAUUUAUGUUAGCAUCUCCUUUGAGGAAUGGAUUUACAUGUGUAAUUGAUAUUUAAUUGCCAUUGUUCUGAGCAUUUUCCAUUUACUCUUCUGUGGUUAUUAUCACACAUUUCCCUCUGUCUCAACGCCCACACAAAAUAAACAGUGGCGGAGUUCUUCUUUUAAAUGCAAAUGCUCAACCAUAAAAUGAUUAUGAACCACUCUUAUGGUUCAUAAGAUGUUGAUCUGUGUUUUCCAAAGUAAGAACAGAUGUUUGUAAAUCAGCCUGCUUCCAUGGAGGACAACAGAAACUGGAGAGUAUGAACUGGUGAGGCUGAAUCUGAAGAUUUGAACAACUUAGCACGGUCUUGAUUAUCAAAGUAGGCUAUUUUACAUGUUGUGACUUCAGCUUGUCCUCCACACUAAUAAUAAACAUGUUAUUACAUCAGUA